GUAUAGUUUUAUAUAUAUAUAAGCCAGAACGUGUCAAGAUCCCCUGGCGGAAUGCUAUAUAUCUAGUCACCAGAUUGCCCAAACCCUAAUCCAACCAGUCAAGCUCUCUCUAUUCGGCUACAACAAGCAAACGAGAAACAGAACCUGAAACAAGUCCCAAAGACACCGAAGUAGCAUGGUUUUCACUGGUACCAUGUGGCCAAGGCUGGAACCCAGUUCCCAGCCACCUGGUCCCUGCCCGAUGGCUCACGAUUGAGCUGUUGCACCAAGGAUCGCGGACCUGCGCGGUGACGUGGUCGCCUCACAGCAUUCCAGAGAAGAAGCAACAACAAAAACAUUGCUGUGACACCACAGACAAAAGCAAUGGACUCCUAGCCACCAUCCGGAGCAUUUGGCAUCAAUUCUUGCAACUCACCGAACCACCCCUUCCAUAUCGAUGGCUACCCCGACCGUGCAACGGGCCCUGGGCUCGAUCCCCCGGCGAGACGCCUUCAUCACCAUGUCGGACCAAAUUCAAUUCCAGACCCUUGUCCAUCUGCUACGGGUCUUAGUCUCCGUAGCUUUCCUCCCGCUCGACAAUACCAUUCUCGUGGUAUUCUACCUCGCCAACUAUGCGGGGACGCUGUCUUCCCCCUCCAACGUCCUCCGCCGCCGGAGACAAGCCCUCCAGGACGUGCAUUUCUAUCCGAAAACGAUCCUCGUCAGCGGCGUCAACACACCACAUGGACUCGCAGUCGCCCGCAGCUGGUACCUCCACGGCCAUCGCGUCGUAGGCGCCAACGUCAUCACCGACGACCGCCCGACCCCGCCGUCAGGCGAGAGCAUGUCCACUGCGCUGACCGUCUGCUACCGCAUCCCGCAAUCGCAGUACGUCUCGCGCCUGCUCGACAUCGUGCAGCGCGAGAAAGUCGACCUCUGGAUUCCCUGCUCGUCCGAGACCUCAGCCGCUGACGACGCCGUCGCCAAGGAGGUCCUCGAGAGCCGCACCCCCUGCAAGUGCAUCCACCUCGACCCGGAGCUGGCCCGGCGCUUCAGCAAUCCGGAUCUGUUCACGCAGUUCCUCGCCGAAAAGGACCUGCCUGUCGUCGAGCGCCACCAGGUGCAGUCGCGCGACUCCAUCCACAAGAUCCUGCACCGGUCCCCGAGCAAGGUCUUCCGCCUGCGCAAGCCCACAGCCGGGUCCGGAAACUUACGCAGCAACAACAACGAUGGCAGCGACCCCCUGAUCCUACCGAAACGGACUCUCAGCCUGACCUACUCCCAAGUCAGCGAAGUGCCCAUCUCCAAAGAAAACCCAUGGGUGCUACAGCAGCAGACGCGCCUCGGCGAGUUCCGAGCCGAGCUCCUCGUCGUCCGCGGCCAAGUCAAAGCCAUUCGGGUGCUGCGCUCGGGGGGUGACAGCCACGGUCAAGGCCCGUCGCGGCUGGACGGCGGCCUCGCCACCGCGAUCCACAAACUCAUGGACCAGCUCGCGACCAAAGGCGGACCCCGCAUGACGACCCACCUGACCGUGCAGCUGCACGUGGACGAGCAGUUCGAGGCCAACUCCGUGCGCUACGUCGUCCACAUCGCGGGCUGCACGCUGGGCGCCUCCGCCGUUGCGCACCUCCUCCAGGACGGCAGUAGCACGUCGCUGAUCACGGGCUACCUGUCGCUGCUGUCACCGUGCACAACUACCAGCUUCUGUCGGGAGGGCAGCGACCGAUCACAGGAGGAAGCACAGGGGCAACAAGCAGAAGAAGGGGCCACCAUCUACACAGAGAAGACCCGGCGGUUCAGCCUGUACAGAACGAUCAAAUCCUACGACGUGCGCCGGGUCCUCCCUGCGCUGUAUCCGGCGUGCGAGCACCUCGACGACUGGGCGCAUCACGAGGCGGAUCGGCUCUUGUUCUGGAACAACUGGCGCUUUUCUCCGUUUGAUCCGUUGCCGUGGUGGUGGCAUGUGCAUGUACAGCAGCCGUUGGAGGAAGUUGGAUCGCUGUUGGGUGGGGAGACUCUCAAGUCGAAGUGAUCUUUCUUUCUUGUUUUUAUUUUUUCCCCUUGAUCUUCGUUUUCAUUCAUUUCUUUAUAUCUGAGAUUUGGUUGUUUUCAUUUUUGCGAAUAAUUGGUAUCAAAGGCAU